AGCAGUCUGCACAAUCAUACAUUUGUUGUGAAUAUCGUCAAAUACUUUUUUGUAGUGAUGUAUGACCAUGUGUUGAACACUUAGUAGGGUAGCGAUAAACGUUGUCUUUAUUCAAAAACAACAACAAACAAACAAGCGGUUGCGGACAGAAGACAGUAACUGUUGUGCGUCUUAUUUGGCUUAGUUUUGCUAGGUCGUCUCGGAUUUCUCUCGUUCACCAAUGCAUGAAGGAUAAGCAGCUGAGUUGUGAGGUGCCCAGAAACGCCAAGAAACGUACAAUUAUGGUGUGACGCUAGUGCAGUAAGGAUUUGACGUGUACUGCAGUUAUAAUUCCAUCGUUUGAAUGGAUCGUCAAUUAUCCGAAAUCGACUUUAAAGGGGCAUAAACCGAUACACCUCUUUGUCAAAUAUGGACUUAUCCUUAGAUACGGUAACUCCCGAUGUUUUUGAGACGAUUACCAUCAAGCGUCGAGUCUACACUCAACAGGACUUGGACAAGGUCUACAAUGAAACGCCAACACCGAAAAUCUUGAAACAACACAUCGGAAAUUCAUGUCGGUGCACCAAGAACACAGUUUGUAAAGGCAUCCUGUCAAUGUUACCCAUUUUCCAUUGCAUUAGGUGGUAUAAGUGGAGACAGAACCUGGUCAGUGAUACACUGGCUGGUCUUUCUGUUGCCUUCAUGCAGCUACCAAUAGGUCUCGCCAUGGGUAUUCUUUCAUCACUUAAACCUAUUUAUGGGUUGUACAGCACGUUCUUUGGAAUUGUCUUUUAUGCAAUCUUUGGCACAUCUCGACAUAUGUCAUUUGGAACGAAUGCUGUAUUGUCUCUUCUAACUGCCACUAUAGUUGAAAGGGAGGCCGAUUUAAAAUAUGGUGGUGGUGGUGGUGGGAUUCCUUCAAACCUAAGUGCGGUUGACCCAGCUUUAGAAAAUGAAAUACUGCAGUACAAAGUGGGUGUCGCAAUGGCUGCCGCUUUCAUGUCUGGACUAAUUUUACUUGUGAUGGGUUUACUGAGAUUCGGUUUUAUCACCAGCUAUCUUUCCGUCUCAUUCGUUGGUGGAUUUACAACGGCAGCAGCAUUUCACAUCGCGACCAGUCAAGUCAGCAAAAUAUUGGGCAUAAAGGUCGGAGGACACACUGGACCCGGAAAAAUCGUUCUCGUGUAUGUGGACAUAAUUAAGAACAUUGCAAACACAAAUGUUGGGGAUCUCAUUGUUGGCUUGAUAAGCAUGGCCAUUUUGUUAGGUGUGAAGGUUGGAAUCAACGAACGUUAUGGGAAGAAAAUGAAAAUGCCUGUGCCUAUAGAUCUCAUAAUUGUUAUUACUGCAACAAUAAUUUCACAUUUUGCAGAGUUUGAAAGACGCUUCGGAAUUUCUGUAGUAGCACAUAUUCCAUCUGGAAUGCCUGUACCACGUCUACCAGAUGUAAGUGCAUUAGGUAGAAUCGGCCAAGACAGCUUCAUAAUCGCUAUACUGGCUUUUGCUAUGUCAAUAUCCAUGGCAAAGCUUUGUGCUACUCUGCAUAGCUACGAAAUAGACAGCAACCAAGAGUUAGUAGCCUAUGGAGCAACCAACCUGCUCGGAUCAUUUUUUCAGUGUUUUCCAAUGUGUGUGGCACCACCAAGAACCAUGCUUCUUAGUUCGCUUGGAGCCAAAACAACGCUGAAUGCGAUUCCAACUGCCAUAUUUAUGCUGGUAGUGUUGCUGGUGGCGGGUCCACUCUUCGUCUCUCUUCCAGUAACUGUUUUGGCAGCAAUGAUUAUCGUAGCAGUGAAGAAUGUACUGCUUCAAGUGAGACAACUCCCUAAUCUUUGGAAGGUCUGCAAAUCAGAUUUUGUGAUUUGGCUGGUAACAGUAAUAGUUUGUAUUCUAGUUGAUCUUGAUAUUGGUAUUAUCGUAGGAGUGGGAACAUCCGUAUUUACAGUCAUCGUCCAGAGUCAGUUUUCGUCUGGGCGACUGGUUGGAGUCUCAGAACAAGAAGACAUUUACCUCGACCUCAAGGGUCACAAAAAUAUCAAAGAACUGAAAGGAAUAAAAAUAUUUUAUUUCAACACAACGCUGUUUUUUGCCAGCGUGGAAAGAUUUAAAUCUCAGCUUUUUCAGAAAACGUUUAAUCCAUUACAUUUUGAGAUGGGUAAGUGUAUUAUUGUUGAUGGUUCAAAUGGCAAAACAAUGUCAAACAGUGUAAACGAAGACAAAAACUGGAUACAUCAUAUCAUUAUAGACUGCUCAGCAAUGACCUACAUUGACACGGCUGGUGUAAAUGUCCUUAAGAUGGUCAUUACUCAAUACAGGAGAGCUGGGACAGAAGUAUGUUUAGCAAACUGUUGCCGUUCGAUGUUGGUUGUGUUGGACAGUGCUCAGGUUUAUGACAUCCUGCCUAAAGAUCAUGUUUUCUUCAGUGUACACGACGCUGUGACCACAGCAGCUGGAGCUAGGUUAUUUGUGGUGAAACUGUAGGCUAAUAUGACAUUCCGUUGGAUCUGAUUAUGGUAACAUGACUGUCCCUGGGAUGUGGAAGGCACAUAUGGGUCGGUAUUAGGACAUUUCACCGGUUUUUACCCUUGGUCACAACCAUCAUUUUCAGUGCACAUGGCAGAUAUGCCACAUAUUUUUAAAUAAUAUUAUACUUCCUAACACUAAUCAAACAAUAUACCAAAUAGCUCGUGUUCAAAUAAGAUGGAAAUCAUGUAUGUUAAUUAAACGGUUUUCAAUUAAAUGUCAGUUUUGUAUGGUAUUUUGGGGGAGGGCCGUAAGGUUUAAAAGGGGCAGCUAUAGUCAGGGGUCGAAAAUGGCUGAAAUUAUUUCCAGAUCUUAGGUCCGGCAAGCCUCAAAUUCUGCUGGACCGAAUUUAACCUGCCGGACCAAACAUGAACAUAAAAUAUUUAAAAGCAAAAUAAUUGCCUUUCUUGCCCACUGGACAGGGUUAUCCAGCUUUUGCACGGUGAUAGAAAAAUCUGUCUAACCCUAGGGCUAGAUAAAUCUGUCCGACCCGAGGGCUACACGAUUUCUACAUACGCGUGACGUCAUAACUCAUGUUUUACGACGAUUGAUGUCAUAACUCAUGCUUUUCAGAAUUCUAAUAAUGUGGACUAUAUUUCUCCGCAUAUGAUAAAAGGAGUUUGUAGGUGAA